UUUAGUUUGUAUAUAUUUUUAUCUUAACAUUAAUGAAUUUUUGGUGCAUGUACCGAAGAGAUAAAACAUGUGGAACGCAAUUUGUGAACGUACGCAUAUGCGUAUAUACAAAUAUAUAUGCGUAUAUAUUUAAAUAUUAAAUUAUAUGAAUGAUGUUUUACUGUUGCUCUGUAAAAUGCGUGGUUGUAUUUUUAUCGAUAUACACGCUUAUGGUUUUGUUCUAUCUAUGGGAGAGGAACGUGUAUGGGAGCGCGUAUACUGAGUAAAAGCAUCAACAAGAGGAUUAGUGAGGGCAUUCUCGCGCAUGCGCACUAAGCAAAAGAGAGGGAAUUCUAUAGGCGACCCAUUAUAAGGGGCCCAAUCUACAGUACAGUUUUAGUAUUGAUGUGUACUUAAGCUUAAACGUUACGAAGUGAACCUCAAGUUAUCUUGUUCGAAUUCAUUGUGUACUUUCUUCAUUUUCAUUAUAAUUUCAUUACGAAAUAAGAUAUAUUUUGAUUUCAUAAAAAUAAUACAUAUUUCAAGUAAAAAUGGCAACAUUAUUACAAAGGAGUCUACGACUUGCAUUUUCAAAUAAAUUACUUGAGAAAAGUGUUAUUUCAGCUUUACGUUUCGAAGUAGCACCGGAGAUGAGAAGUAUUGUGCAAUCAUCAAAUCUUAGAUUUAAAUACCAGGAAAUCGUUCGAUGUGUGCACAAUAACAGGAACGUACAUCAGACAGGAGUUUCUGCAUUUGUAAAUGAAGAACAUGAAAGCGAUAGCGAAUCAGACAACGAACAAGAAAAAGGUCAAUCUCAUUUUUGGAGAAGAAAAAUGAGGACUUUACAUAGUCAUUUAGAUGUUAAUAAAGACGGUGUCAUUAGUUAUGAUGAUUUUAUGCUCCUUGGAGAACGAUUUUGUGAUUUAGGGCAUUUAUCUCCAGAAGCUAAAGUUGAAUUUAAAAAAUUAUUAAAUGAAAUGUGGGAAGAACAGUGGGGAGAAAUUAGUCCAUACAAUCUUGUAUGUGUUGAAAAGUAUUUAGAAGAAAUGCAACAUGUUCUCAAUGACUCAUCAUUAAAAAAGAAGUGCCAUCACUUCUUGCCCUUUUUAUUCAAAGCAGUUGACAAAGAUCAAAGCGGUGAAAUUUCUGUGGAGGAAUUCCAAUUAUUUUUCCAAUGCUUAGGUCUUACACAUGAUGACGCAAUUAUUUCCUUCAGUCAUAUUGAUACUAAUGAUGAUGGAAAAAUCAAUUUCGAAGAAUUUAUAACGCUAGGUCGUGAAUUUUUGAUUACAGAAGAUCCAACAAAACCUAGUAAAUAUUUCUGGGGUCCAUUAGUUGAUUAAACUUCUCAUUGAAAUCAUGUAAUUUGUGAUACUAAGCCACUGUACAUUAAUCAUAUCUGCAUUAGUAUAUAAGUUUUGAAUAUUAAUUAUAAGACAAAUGCUUUAUAGGCUAAAGCAUUAAAGUAAGUUUUAUACAAACUUAGGUAAAUUAAAAUCGGUAAUGUAUGU